AUGGAGGACGACAGUCGCAAAGAUCACAUACGCAUCGCGGAGGAGGGUGUUCAGCGCAAUACUCGACCCAUGACUCGUCAGAGAUCUGCAGCAUCGUCCUUGUCCAUACACAGUGUUCGAGGGAAGGUGGCGGCUCCAGAGAACCUGCUCCCGAUCACAUACAGAACAUUGUCCUACAAGGUCGAACAGGCGGAUGAGAAGGGCAUUGCGGAGCUUGACUGGCAUCGGCUCUCGAUUGAUGAAAUCCAACGACGUCUCUCUACAUCCGCCACCCAAGGUCUGUCAAGUGAGCAAGUGCACCGUCGCACUUCUGAGUAUGGGAAAAACAAGCCGAGCCCUCCUCCAUCCAGAUGGUUUCGUACCAUGAUGAGCUAUCUCUUUGGCGGGUUCGGCUCUAUCGUGUUGUUCGGUUGUAUCAUGGUCUUUAUCGCAUGGAGACCACUAGGAGAUCCUCCCGCACAAGCAAACCUGGCUCUCGCUAUCGUCCUCCUGGCUGUAUUCUUCAUCCAGGCCUCGUUCAAUGCAUGGCAGGAUUGGUCCUCCUCGCGGGUCAUGGCUUCCAUCACGACCAUGCUGCCUGAUCAGUGUAUCGUGGUGCGAGAUGGUUCCCAGCUCAGCAUCAGUGCCAUCGACCUAGUCCCGGGGGAUAUCAUCCAUAUCAAGCAGGGAAAUAAGUUGCCCGCUGAUGGAACAGGGGAGUCGGAGCCAGUCUCGGGCGCAACUGAGUCCACCGACGACAACUAUCUUGAGACCCACUGCAUAGGCCUCCAAAGCACCCACUGUGUGUCAGGCACUGCACUGGCUGUUUGUGUUGGUACCGGUGAUCUGACUGUUUUCGGACGAAUUGCUGGCCUCUCGAAUCGUCGUCGCACAGAGAUGACUCCAAUGCAGAAAGAAAUUCUCCGGUUUGUUCUCAUUAUAGUCAGCUUCAUUGUGACUGUCGUCAUCAUAGUCGUCAUCUUGUGGGCUGCUUGGCUGCGAAAAGACCACCCCGACUGGAUCAACGUGCCCACCUUAAUUGUCGACUGCGUCAGCGUCGGAAUCGCAUUCAUUCCCGAGGGUCUUCCUAUAGCCUUGACCAUGAGUCUGACGAUCGUCGCAAAUAUCAUGAGGAAGAACAAGAUCCUCUGCAAGACACUAGCUACGGUUGAAACCCUCGGGGCUGUUUCUGUCAUCUGCUCUGAUAAGACUGGCACAUUGACGAAGAACGAAAUGUUUGUGACUGAUUGCUUUUCCGGCGGCGAGGAGUUUACGUCCGAGGGGGCCAAGAGUCUCCUUGUCCAUGGAGCUGGCCCGAAUGAUCUUCCAAAUGCCUCUGUGGGCGUUCUUCGAGAUGUUGCUGGAUUGUGCAACGCCGCUGAAUUUGAUGCAUCCACCCUGGACCGGCCGCUGCAUUUGACCAAAAUCUACGGCGAUCCGACUGAUCAGGCCAUUCUGAGACUCUCCCAAUCUCUGGGUCCCGUCAGUGAACUCCGAGAACAGUGGAAGAAGGUCUUUGAAAUAUCUUUCAACAGCAAGAACAAAUUCAUGAUCCGUGUUAUGUCGCCUACGAAGAGUCAAUCUGGCGACGGGUUGCUGCUUAUAAAAGGAGCACCUGAUGUUCUUCUACCGAGAUGCACAUCUAUGGUCAUGAGAGAUGGCAAUAUCGGCGAGCUUUCAACGGGAGAUCGGAACAGGCUCGAAGACAUCAAAGACCGGUGGUCCGCACGAGGGAAGAGAGUCAUUCUCUUGGCGCAGAAAGAGGUCACCGAAGAAUGGGUGACCUCGUUGACUAGUCUUCAGGAUGAGCGACUCGUUCUUCACUCAGCUGAGCAACGCCUGACACUUGUGGGUAUCGUUGGACUUGUGGAUCCUCCCAGAGACGAAAUCCCGGGAGUCAUCGACACUCUCCGCAAAGCUUCCAUCCGCAUCAUGAUGGUGACCGGUGACUACAAGCUCACGGCACAGGCAAUCGCCAUAGAGUGCGGGAUUAUCCGAACUCCGCCUGCACUUAUUGACGACGUCAAAGCCCUUGAUUUCUCCGAGAAAGUGGAUAUCACAAGUACCGGCACGACGACCGCUAUAGUACUCAGUGGGCCUGAGCUAGCUGACCUUGGGAAUGACCAAUGGGAGAAGCUGUGCAGCUACGAUGAGAUUGUCUUUGCCAGAACCACCCCGGAACAGAAGCUCCGUAUUGUCAAAGAGUUCCAGCAAAGAGGGCAUAUUGUUGCAAUGACAGGCGAUGGUGUCAAUGAUGCUCCAUCCCUCAAAGCUGCUGAUGUCGGUGUCGCUCUGGGCAGUGGUUCUGAUAUUGCUAUUGAGGCUGCCGAUAUGGUCCUUCUGGAGUCGUUCUCCGCGAUCUUGGAAGCUGUGAAAUAUGGCAGACUAGUUUACGGUACUGCAUCCUCACUCAGCUCGUGCUCUCGAACACUGCUAACCCAGCUGCUAGAUAACCUCAAGAAAACAAUCAUAUACCUUCUUCCUGCAGGAAGCUUCAGCGAGCUGUGUAUGCAGAACUCCGAUAUCAUGGGCGAUUUUGACAACCUAAUUGAUUAUAGGGCCCGUUAUGACAAAUGUUAUCCUUGGUGUUCCCCAGGUUCUUUCAUCAUUCCUGAUGGUAUUUUCGUCCCCGAUUCCCCUAUUCCUGUCGGCCUUUAA